AUGCUCGACAUGAUCACAACAGACACUCUGUCUGCAGAGAUGGUGCAGGAAGUCCCCAGCGCCUUCACCAAGGAGCUUCCCGCUCCUGGCGAUAUCGUCACAGGAACUGUCGUGUCCUUGGUGGAGCGGGGCGCGUUCAUCGACCUGGAUGAUUCCAGCUGGAGAGGGCUCGUCCACGUCUCUGAAAUCUCGGACACAUUCAUCUCGAACAUCGAGGAAUGGCUCACUCCGGGUGACAAGGUGACUGCGGUGGUCAUCAGGGACGAGAAGAAGGACCGCAGGGUCCGGCUGUCGCUCUCCAUCCGCCGCGUCGCGAGGAAGCAGAUGAUCACCGACGCGGACGCGAGGCUUCCCGACGGAAGACUGCUUGGUGGACCUUUUCCACAACCUAUGGUCAGGCGAGCUGAGCCAGCUGAUGCUUCAUCUGCGGACUUGGCCGCCUUCACCCCGGAGGAGAGCAGCGUCGACAAGAUGCUCGAAAUGAUCACAACAGACACUGUGUCUGCAGAGAUGGUGCAGGAAGUCCUCAGCCCUUUCACCGAGGAGCUUCUCGCUCCUGGCGAUAUCGUCACAGGAACUGUCGUGUCCUUGGUGGAGCGGGGCGCGUUCAUCGACCUGGAUGAUUCCAGCUGGAGAGGGCUCGUCCACGUCUCUGAACUCUCGGACACAUUCAUCUCGAACAUCGAGGAAUGGCUCACUCCGGGUGACAAGGUGACUGCGGUGGUCAUCAGGGACGAGAAGAAGGACCGCAGGGACCGGCUGUCGCUCUCCAUCCGCCGCGUCGCGAGGAAGCAGAUGAUCACCGACGCGGACGCGAGGCUUCCCGACGGAAGACUGCUUCGAGGACCUUUUCCACAACCUGUGGUCAGGCGAGCUGAGCCAGCUGAUGCUUCGUCUGCGGACUUGGCCGCCUUCACCCCGGAGGAGAGCAGCGUCGACAAUAUGCUCGAAAUGAUCACAACAGACACUGUGUCUGCAGAGAUGGUGCAGGAAGUCCUCAGCCCUUUCACCGAGGAGCUUCUCGCUCCUGGCGAUAUCGUCACAGGAACUGUCGUGUCCUUGGUGGAGUGGGGCGCGUUCAUCAACCUGGAUGAUUAUGGCUGGACUGGGCUCGUCCACGCCUUUGAAAUCUGGGACAUAUUCAUCUCGAACAUCGAGGAAUGGCUCACUCCGGGUGACAAGGUGACUGCGGUGGUUAUCAGGGACGAGAAGAAGGACCGCAGGGACCGGCUGUAG